CUUUCAUCGAAGCCACACCCCAAGUCAUUCAUCUUCUCCUCUCGCUCACUCGCUCGCUCGAUGGAGUCGCGCGACGGCACACCAAGAGAGAGGGCGCAUGGAGAGAGGAGGCGAUCGUCGUCUUCGUCGUGUGGCAGGAGGACGUGGCAGCAACCCACGUCGCAGGACUUUACCUAUGCCCUGUCGGACAGCGACAUUUCGGAUUGGCUCAAGUGCGCAAUAUGCCUGCACCCGUUUCUGAACCCCGUCGUGGCUUCGGCGAAAUGCCAACACGUCUUUUGCGCUCUGUGCAUCCGCUCGCAUGUGUCAUCAUCGACGCAAGCCGAGCCUGUGCUAGGAGAGAAUGAGGAUGGGGAGCGAGAAACGCAUCGCGAGGAUCAGGCACAAGGACGACGAGGACCAGCCAAGACGACGACGUGCCCCACUUGCCGCGCCCCGCUCGAAUCUUCGCACCCUUUCCAGCCAGCCGCGCCGCUGAUCCGGAACAUGGUUGAUUCCCUACUCGUCAGAUGCCCGCACGCCGGCAGAGGAUGCAACCAUACCUGCGAAAGGGGCCUCGUUCGCACCCACAUCUUUCACGAUUGCGGCCACGCCUACGUGGGCGAGUACGAGGCUGCAGGUGGCUCAGUAGCAAAGCACCGCCCCUCUUCUUCCUUUCGCUCGGGCCGAUGCGAAUGUGGACAGAAAGUCAUGCGAAAGGACUGGGAGCACCACACGACCUCGGGUCAGUGUACCGUCGUGAGGGUGCCCUGCCCCUUUGGUGAGGGCGAGGAAGGAUGCAAAGACAUGAUCAAGGAGCGAGAACUCGACGAGCACCUCGACGUCUGUCCAGCCUAUCCUCUUCAGUGCCCACACUGUUCAUCGACCCAUGCUCGAAGGCAUCUCGCCGAGCACGAGGCUGUCUGUGAUCACGCCGUCGUCGAAUGUCCCCACGCUCGACACGGCUGUCGCUGGAGCGGGCGACAGUCGCAGGUUAGGUCCGAGCACCUGCCACAUUGCGUAUAUGCGCCUCUCGCUGCCUUCUUUGAGCGAAAUGCAGACGAGAUAGAGACGCUGCGCAGCGACAAUGCCCGGCUUACAUCGGCUCUCGACGACAUGAGCAGGCGGCAGAUGGACACCGAGAAGAUGCUGGCUGCCUGCAUUCGGAGCCUCGGCGCCUUUUACGUAGACGGUGGCACCACAGAGCAGGGCGAAGGCGAUGGCACAGGCGCUGGCUCAGCUGAUCCUCCUGCCUUGCGACAAAGCAGCAUUCCCUCGCUCAUACGGAAUCGAUCCGGCUCGGCCAUUCCCCUUCCGAGCACGCAAGCCGCGGACGAUGCACCUGCGGCCCCACCUCUGCCCCUCCAGCGCUCGUCGUCCGAGGUCUUUCCGGCCGCGUCCACGUCUGCGCCCGCCGUCGAGCCCUCGUGGCGGUGGCCCGAGCAUGAGGAUGCACCGCGCCGCCUUGCCCCGCUGGACCGGUCGUCGAGCCUCUCGCACCAGCUCGUCGAGCUGCAGUCUGUGCUCAACACCCUCACGACGCAGCUCCAUGCCGCCGAGCGCCGCGCAGAAGAGGGCCAUCUGGCCGCCCUCUCGGCAGGCUUCGAGGCGAGCCGGGCCCACGAAGAGAUGAACAGCCAGCGACAUGCGCUCCAUGCCAUGCGUCUCCAGAUUCACCAGCUCGCCAUGGUGCAGCAGCAGCAGCGGGGCAUGCCCCCGCCACAGCGGGGCGCUGGCGCGUCGUCGUCGUCUACCUCGCCACAAGCAGAGGGGACAGACGUCUUGCACCCUCCGCCACCGCCGCACCAGCCGGCUUUCCCAAUCCCCAUUGCGCCCAUGGCCCCUCACUUCCGCCGCUUCUGGACCGGCUUCGAGCAGACGAAGCUGUGA